AUUCAAUGGGCCAGUUUGCAGUCUGGCAACGCUGCGCUGAUGCAACCAGCACCAGACCAAAAAUACAUGGAUCGGUGUACUCUAUUAGUAUAAAUAGUAAGUAAUUAAAACAACAUGUGGUGCCUAAAAACGGUCACGCAGCUAGCUAAAAAGAGCCUAAUAUGUGCCAAUGUGAAUUACAAUUGUGUAGCCGGCCUGAAGUAUUUUCCUCCGCCAAUCAAAUAUGAAAAUAUUGAGAAAGUGGAACGGCCCAAGCUGCGCAUCAUGGAGCGUAUGCCACAGCACCCGCCCAAUCUGCGACCGCCCAAAAUGCAGAAGCGUCUCCGUUAUAUGCGUGGUCCGGAGCUCGUUCACAAUCAGCUGCUGCACAAACAAUAUGCGAUUAUUGCGACCGGCGGUGGCCGUUUGCGUUGGGGCCACUACGAAAUGAUGCGUCUGACUAUUGGCCGGAAGAUGAAUGUGAACACAAUGUUCGCUACCUGGCGUGUACCCGCACCAUGGCAACCGAUAACCAAGAAGGGACAGGGACAGCGCAUGGGUGGCGGCAAGGGCGCUAUCGAUCAUUAUGUCACACCGAUAAAAGCAGGUCGUGUAAUUGUUGAAAUUGCUGGCAAAUGCGAAUUCAUCGAAUGCAAAGGAUUCCUCCAACAAGUGGCCAAUCAGCUGCCAUUCCAGGCAACUGUUGUCUCCCAGCAAAUGCUCGACGAUAUGAAGGACGCAGAGGAACGUCAAGCGCGUGAAAAUCAAAAUCCCUUCACCAUCAAAUACGUUAUACAGAAUAAUCUAAAUGGUUGUCACAGAUGGCUAUCGCCCGUGGAUCACAAAUGGUUCGGCAAGCAUUUAUAGAUCAUUGGCGUAUAAUUUUGUUUAACUUAGUUAUUGUUUUAAUAAAUGAACGGAUGUUCUUAAUCCUGUUAUGACCUGUAAAA